AGUUGCACACCUGAGUUGCCAUUCGUAAGCUAGUAAAUAAUUACGCGGGAAAUUAAUAAUUUAACCUAAUUUUUGUAUUUUGUGUUUCUAUAUAGUUUAUAGUCGGACUAUAGUAGUUAUUUAAGUUCUUUUCGUUUGUGUUUAAUUAACAAUAAAAAUGGAUAGAUGUGGUCGUGUUACAAGAUCAUCAGCAAGGAAAAAUAAUAUUAAAGUAAGCAUGCCAGAAACAAAUUCUUCUAAAGUAAAGAAAUCUACGAGUAAAUUAAACACUGCAGAUUGUCUUGAAGGAAUUGAAUCGGGUUAUUAUAAAGCAAAAAUGGACUCUGAUGAUAGUGAUUUGGAAAUUAUUGAAAAUAUUUCCAUCAAAAAAAUUGCAAAAGCUAGAGUAAAAAUAAAAAUGUCUGAAAGGAAACAACCACAAAUAGAAUCUGAUAAUGAGGACGAAAGAGUGCAAAACAAUGUUUAUAGAAAUAGAAAAGUAGAAAUUCUACAGGAGCAAAAAAAAAGUGUAAAGCCACAAAAUGUGGCUGUAAUACAUUCAAAUGUGAAUAACAGUAAGGAAGUAUUAAAAGAAAUACAUGAACCACAGAAAGGCACACCGAAACAGAAAAGGUCAUUAACUGCUGUAAAUGAACUGGAAGCAAUUUCUCAAGUUACCCCACCAAAACAAAGGAAAUCAAAUGAUAAUUCUCUGUUUAGUCCAUCAAGUUUAUUAGAAAAAUUGGAAUUGAAUAGUCCUCCUCCUAAAGAAAAUAAAAGCAAGCCAAAGAAAUUGUUUGAAUCUGAAACAAUAUAUCAGAGUGCUAGAAAGGCACUACAUAGUACAGUUCCUGUUCAAAUGCCUGGUCGUGAAAAUGAACAUAAGCAGUUGAGGGAUUUUAUAAAAUGCCAUUUAAUGAACAAAACAUCUGGUACAUUGUAUGUUAGUGGACCACCAGGAACAGGAAAAACUGCAUCAUUAUCUACAAUAUUACAACAGCCAGAUAUAAUUACUGAAUUUAAAGAAGUAUAUGUAAAUUGCACAGCUAUAAAAUCAUCAGGUUCAAUUUAUUUAAGAAUUAUACAAGAACUUGGAAUCAAAUCAUCUAGUCGCACAGAAAAAGAUUCUGUUGCAGCCAUAGAAAAUUAUUUGUCCACAAACCAUAAAAUGAUUUUACUGGUACUUGAUGAGAUUGAUCAAUUGGAAAGUAAAAAGCAGUCAGUCUUGUACACAAUAUUUGAAUGGCCAUCAAGGAAAAAUUCUAAGAUAAUAUUAAUUGGGAUUGCUAAUGCAUUAGAUUUAACUGAUAGAAUCUUGCCAAGAUUGCAGGCUAGAUGUGAAUUGAAACCUCAACUAAUGCAUUUUGCUCCAUACUCUAAACAACAGAUUGUUGAAAUUUUUACUGAUAGAUUGAGAUCAGCUGGUGUUCUUGAUUUGUUUGUGCCUGUAGCAGUCCAAAUGUUAGCUGGAAAAGUGGCUGCAAUUUCAGGCGAUGUAAGGAAGGCCCUAGAUAUAGGAAGGAGAGUUAUUGAAAUUGCUGAGAAACAUAAGAAAGAAGAAUCUGAUAAAAAAGUUGAUUUGAAACAUGUUAUGGGAGUUUUAAAUUCCGUCUAUGGUACAUCAAACAAUUUAAAUGAAGAUAAUGAUGAUUCAUUCCCGCUUCAACAAAAAAUUAUAGUUUGUACCUUAUUAUUAAUACUUAAGAAGGCCAGGAACAAAGAUAUUACUGUAGGGAAAUUACAUGAAGUAUAUAAAAAAGUGUGCGGAGUUCGGAAUUUGUCGGGCGUCGAUCAAGCUGAAUUCGUGGGACUUUGCUCUUUGAUUGAAACAAAAGGUAUUAUUCGUGUAAGCGGUAAAAAGGAACCCAGGUUGCAUAAAAUUAAUCUUGAAUGGGACGAAGAAGAAGUUGCUGCAGCAUUAAAGGAUAAACAAUUAAUGGCAACCAUUUUACAAGACUCUAGUGUUCUAGGGAAAAUGUAAUUUUAACCAAUGAUAAAUAAAAUUCAAUAAUUUAUGAUUUCA